AUAUCCGUAUCUUGGUAUAGGAACUGCAGAUUUGUAUCACUAUGAAAACAGUGGCUCCGAUAAUUAUGCACACAACACUAUUUGCCCAUUUCAUGCCCACACAACGCGUAAUCGGACGAUUUACGUGAACGGCUAUCUCAUGCAGAAUGUCUCUAAUUGCGCAUGCCGAGGAUACAGCUAUGUGGCUGCCAAGUGAUACAGCUAUUUGAGAUGCGUCGCGGAACUUUUGAAUUACAUGUAGACACUUUCAGUGGAAGAUAAGAUAAAGCUAACUGAGAAAAUUGUACUGACGUAUGACCUCGUACACGCGAAAUCUUCGCCUCGGUCUUGACGCGUGUUCAAUGCCGACUUAAUCGUUAACGGUUGCAGAGUUUUCGCGAAAUUUCUGUUCGUCUCGACGAGAGCAAACGUUUUGUCUGGCUUUUUAAUGAAUAAUUAAUAACUAUCGCGUAUUGCAAACGUUACGAAUGUUUAUUAAAUCUGUUUGAAAGUGAAAAAUUCCAAGUGAUUGAAAAAAUCCCAGUUGAUGCAACAUAAAUUUCACCGGUACUCAUUAUUAAUUACUCGAUUAUUUAAUCGAGUAAUUUAGCGAUUUAGCAUAUCGUUCUAAAGUGGUUUAGUCUCGGCUUUAUUAGCGCAAUCUUUUGUGUAUACGUUAAUUAAUGUAAAAUAGUAUUCGCACAAUCAAUGUUUGGGUUAUGCAAAAUCAGUGCGCAGAGAACUGUUUCCUUCGGUCUCGAGAUAAGCAAAUUGAUAUGGUGCAUGAGCGUGCAUUUUUACACACACGCGUGCACGGUAAGCACACGUUUCAAUUAAAUAAUGUUGAAUUCUCAGCAAUCUUAUUUUUUUUCUAAACGAAAAAGAGGAGAUUUUGCUUCUACCAAUCGCCUUCGAUGAAAGGUAACCUAACGAUACUUGUCGCGGCUGUCAUUGACGAUUCAGAAUCUGGCCGGAUGCUUUUCGAAAUUUUCGACAAUGUGAGAGAUAACAAGAAGGCCCAUCGCGAACUGAGAGCUCGUCUUAAGAAUGGGAUGCAAGAUUAGUAUACUGAAGUGCAUGAGAGGCAAAGUCGAGCAGGAGAAGAGUAUAUCGUCGGAAACUAGCAGUUCUAUCGUUACAAGCGGUAAGACGGAUGAAUUUGACAUUGUGGCUGAAAAGAAUGAAAAAACACCCUUCGAGGACAGCACGCACGAUGAGAACGGCGAUUAUUUGACUGUCAAAGGACCUCAAGAUCUUAGUAAUUAUUUAUUGACAACCAACGUUCCUAGUAUUGUAAAAAUAUUAUUAGUAUUUAGCAAAGAUGAUCAACAAAUGGACAUACUUGCUAAUACCGCGAGAAGAUUGGGAUGGAGUGUAUCGGUGGCAAAAGAUGCGGAAAAAGCAUUAGAACUUUUUCAAAAUCGUGCUCACGAAUUAGUGAUUAUCGAUCAUAGAGCACAUCACGCUGCCGAAGGUGAUGCUAUUUGUAGAGCGAUUAGGUCAAGUCCGGUUUAUCACAAUUCUGUCAUUAUCGCGCUCGUAAAGAAAUCGUACUUCAUGCUUGAUGAAAAAGACCAUAUUGUUGCAUUAAACUUGCUAGAAACGGGUUUUAAUAGAGCACUGAUGGAAUGUUCUCAUGAAGGUAUAUUAAUAAACGAAUUAGUAGGGAUAUAUACUAGCUCAUUAUUGCCGAGAACUCAACUAGCUGCAGCGCAUGCAUUAUAUUUGGCACUCGACAGAUGCCGCGAUAUGGUGCAUGUGACUAAUGAUAAAAACAUUGUACAGUUUCUAAAUAAAGUCAGCGAAAAAUUGUUAGGAUAUAAGGUAGAAGAGAUGAUGGGAAGAAACCUCUCGGAAAUAGUAUACUACGAAAAUUUUCCUCUCAUGGAGCAGCAACUGAGUAAAGGCCGAGAAUUCGAAGGAAAUAUGAAUUGCAAGAGAAAAAACAAUCAAAUGAUUACGAUCAAUUGCAGGAUAAUUCCGUUCUGUAUCACAUUAAAAAAACCAAGUCAUUAUAUAUACGUAUACGAUACUACGUAUUUAUCGGAAAAUUCAGUGCCAAUAAGUCCAAUUAGUAGCCCGUUGAAUCCUCCUCUUAAAACGAAUAUAACGAACGCGCGGAAAUCCUCGGAUGUUAGAUCUGGUUCUAUAAGUGAAGAUAAAGGCCGUAGACGAUCCAGCUUGCAAAAAUUGCAUACCUUACAACUGGAAGCUCCUAUCACUAAAGUCAUUACGUUACUUUCGAAUGCGGUCACGGAUACAACUAAUCCGGAAACAGCAGCGCAGAUCGAUAAAGCAAUCGAUAUCCUAAAGACGACGGAACUCUACGUACCGCAUCUUAAGGAAGAUAGAGCAAUGUGUAGCGAUCCAGUUGCUACGGAUCUCGUUGGCGCAUUACUUGCCUCUCCGCGCACGGCAUGGGAAUCCAGAAGGUCGUCGUCGGAUUCUGCGAGACUAUCCACUAUCAAGGCUAUCACCAGUCCGACGAAUUCGCGCGUGCAAGUAAAAAAUUUCCGGGGGCCACAAGAAAUUAUGGAGAUACUGGACAAAAGUCUCGACUGGGACUUCGAAAUAUUUAAGCUUGAAGUACUGACGGAGAGAAGACCGCUCGUUUUCUUGGGAUUGACAAUUAUGAAUUUAUAUCAAGUACCUGCUACAUUACAUUGCGAUGAGAGAACGUUACAGAACUGGCUAGCCAUUAUCGAACACAAUUACAACGCGGAGAAUAGCUAUCACAACUCAACGCACGCGGCCGAUGUCUUGCAAGCCACCGCGAGAUUUAUGCAAUCAAAGAGACUCAAGGAAAUUUUAGAACCUUUAGACGAGGUUGCUGCUCUAAUAGCCGCCGCUGCGCACGACAUUGAUCAUCCUGGACGGUCCAGUCAAUUUCUUUGCAAUGCCAACAGUCGUUUGGCAAUACUCUACAAUGAUUUAUCGGUUCUCGAAUCGCAUCAUGCAGCCUUAACAUUUAAACUAUCAUUGUCUGACGAUAGUGUGAAUAUCUUUAAAAACAUGGAGCGAGAUGCAUACAAACUGUUACGACAAAAUGUCAUUGACAUGAUUCUGGCGACCGAAAUGACGAAGCACUUCGAGCACCUGGCGAAGUUCAUGAAUGUUUGCAGCGCAAGAAUUGGCGACGGUCAAGAGACAUAUUCAGAUUCUCUGGACAUGACUGUGGUAUUACAGCCAGAUAAUGUAAUACUAGUUAAAAGAAUGAUGAUCAAAUGCGCGGACGUAUCUAAUCCAACGCGGCCAUUGAAAUGUUGCGUCGAAUGGGCGAGACGAAUCGCGGAGGAAUAUUUUAAUCAGACCGAUGAGGAAAAAAAGUUGAAAAUGCCAGUCGUAAUGCCAAUGUUCGAUAGAAUGACAUGUUCGAUACCGAAAUCGCAAAUCGGUUUCGUCGAUUAUAUCAUUAACGAUAUGAUUGAGGCAUGGGAUGUGUUUAUCGACAUGCCGGAAAUAGUAGGCUAUAUGCGACACAAUUACGAGAAAUGGAAAGAAUAUAAUAUGUCCAUUGUGCCCCUUGUUUUCCGCAAUUGGUGGGACGACUUCGAUCGUCCCGUUUCGCGGCUAUUGGACCAGCACUUUGGCAUCGGCCUCCAUCGAGAUGAUCUCAUCUCGAGCCUCUCCGGACUUGGCCUCGAUCGGCCGUCCGUACGCUUCGGGAAUAGGUACUAUCGACCAUGGGGGAACGUGACGCGUCAAAACUCGAGCGGGACCAGCACGAUCCAGUUGGACAAUGAUCAUUUUCAGGUGAUACUGGACGUGCAACAAUUCUCACCGGACGAGAUCACGGUGAAGACGAUUGACAAUCACGUCGUUGUUGAGGCCAAGCACGAGGAGAAGCAGGACGAGCACGGCUACAUCAGCAGACACUUCGUACGCAGAUACGUCCUGCCUCCGUCUCACGACCUCGUCAACAUCACCUCGACCCUCUCUUCGGAUGGUGUACUAACUGUCACGGCGCCCAAAAAGAACUUGACGCCGGCUGGCACGGAAAGAGUCAUCAGCGUUGUUCAAACGGGAAUACCAGCUGCCAAGCCGGUUCCCGUCGAAACAACUGCUACUACUACUACGACCACCACUACCACCAACUGAAGAAUUUAUUGUCCGAAACUUUCAUUCCGACAUUCACUUCAUUCUUUUCUCGAUUCUAGUAAUGGUAAAACAAUUUUGUAAUAUGACAGUAUUGUGCCACAUCUAAUAAUUUUCUAAUAUUUAUUUCACGAAGAUAUAAUUUUUUAUGUACAAUAUAAAUAUUUCGUUACAUCGUUUGUUAUCAAUUACGUAAAGUUUUUGUUUGUUUUCAAUUUCUAAUAUAUCAAAAUUAUCUGGUAGCUUUAUCAAGAGAGUUAAUUUUAGUUUCGAUUUAACCGACUCUCUCUCAUUGUCUCUUUCCGAUAUUAGUUCAAACAGAGAAAUAACUAAUAGAUCUUCAAGAGACAAAUCUGAAUUACAAUUAUCUUAAUAAAAGAAACCAAGUUUAAUAGCAAAUAAUAUAAUUUAUGUGUGUAUAACUGGAAUUUAGAGGUUGUCAAUUAAAAAGAAGAAACACCAAAGCAUUAAACGUCACAGUUUGGUACGCUCUCAUCUUCCUUGAUAUUACUACUUUCCAAUUGUACUAUCAAUAUAGCAAAAUAAUUUUCUCCUUUCCAUUUCUUCGAUUAAAAUUAUUUUGAUGAAAGAAACCAAGUUUAAUAGUAAAUAAUAUAAUUUAUAUGUGUGUAUAACUGAAAUUUUGAGGCUGCCAAUUAAAAAGAAGAAACACCAAAGCAUUAAGCGUC